GCACCAUCCAUCCACUCAUCCCAUCAUCUCACUCCUUCUCGCCAUCCACUUCCCCUUCCUCAUCAUCUAAUCUACCACCUCACUGUCUGUCUUUACCUGCUCAGCGUCACCCCCUCCCAACAGGGCGGACCCCAGCAUACCCGCUUCCAUCAACAGUCGCCAUGGCCUCAUCUCAUCCCGAGACGAUGCAGUAUCACAACGAGAAGGCCGCUGCCCCUGUGGGGGUAGAGUACGACCAGUCGUCGCCGCCCAUGCCCCAGCCUUCCGGCACGAGCAAGAACAAGCGCGCCUCUCGCUAUCUCAAUCUAAAGCGUCUCCCGACAUUGCAGGAGGUUCUUGACCGCCGCACGCGCGCGCCGCUUGACCUCUUUUGCUUUUAUAUCUUCCUCCAGCGCGAGUCUUCGGAAGACGCCCUCGACUUCUGGCUCGACGUGCAGCAACACGAGAACCUGUGCAAGGCAUACUUCAAGGACCUGAAACGCAGCGGCAAGUCGGUCGAGGACGAUUGGCCCGAGUUUGCCGCCUAUGUGCGUGAGAACGGCUCAUACAUGGCCCCGCUGCUCGAACUCAACACGCGCGACAACUGGCCCGCCGCCCGUCGCAGCAGCGAGCUCCAGCGCUCUUCUUACACCGGUGUCGGGACGAGCAAGGAUGCCGAGCAAGGCUUUGACGCACAUCGGCAAAGCACCCCAAGUCUGCGCGGGACCGGGCGCGGCGGGCCCGGCAGUAUCCACUCAACGCGGUCCGCCAUCGAGAACGUCCGCGGUAGCAUUAGAGACUGGGGCAAGGGACGGCAAAACCAGCGCGCGCCGACGAUAAUCUCGCGCGAUCGCGCGAUAGAAAAGAACGCGCUCUCCGAAAGCGCCGAGCGCAUCUACCUCCGCUACCUUCUCCCUGGCGCCGAGCACGAGAUCUACCUUCCCCCCGCGCUGCGGCUCACCAACGUGCCCGUCUCGACGGACGGCAAGAUAUCGCCCCUCAUCCCCGACCUCUUCCAUGCCCAGAAAAUCUACAUCUUUAGAGCGCUUGAGCAGGACGCGUUCCCGCGCUUUCUCCGCGCUAAAGCGUUCGGCAACCUCACCCCCACCUCAGCCAUGCUGCGCUUCAUCGCCGGCCUCGUCAUCCUCUGGGGCGCCUUCACCCUCUCCUUCACUUUCGUCUUCCUUGACUGGAGCCCUAAGGCGCGCCGUCUCUUCAUCAUCAUCCCCUACUUCUUUGCCUUCAAUCUCCUCGUGGCGGCCUACUACUCGCUGUCGCCGCUGCUCGCCAUAUUUGCCCAGUCGGAGACAACUCCCUUCCGUUUCAUCACCGUCGGUGAGGGAUACGUGCGCAAGCUUCUCCUCCUCAGAGGCCUGUGGAUCGAGGCCCUCGCCAUACUCCUCACCGCCAUCUUCACCAUCAUUUUUGCGCUUGUGCCUGGCCACCGCUUGUAAGUUGUGCAGGCCGCCCGCCACUGUGUGGCGAGGACGUACGCGUAAUUUGAGGACACUUUUGUACAGGUUCUUGUGGACACUAUAGCUUUGUAUCCCUUGAGGUAUAAUGGUUUUGAUGAGCGCGCUUGUCGUUGUGCUGUGGUAUCCCAUCAGUCGCUAGUGAUCAGUGUGUUCUAUUGUGCUCUAUGCAACACCUCCGACGCA